UGUUAACUUUGCACUGAACCGUACACUGUGUACGCAACUGUUAUUGUGACCAUCCCAGUGUAAAGAAAAAAUUUGCUUUCAAAUGGAGGGAUAUCUCGGGGUAGUUCUUAUAGUUUUAGUUUUGAUAUUCAUUAUGCUAGUUGUGUUUUGGAUAAAUUCAUAUCAUACAUACUGGACUAAACGGGGUGUCGAUGCACUACCUACGGUGCCACUAAUAGGAAACACCCAAAACGUCUGGCUGCUAAAGGAAUCCCUAGGGGUGAAUUUGAAAAAGACAUACGACCAUUUCAAAGCUAAAGGUAAAAGAUAUGCCGGAUAUUAUCUUCUGCUAAAACCAGUCUUUGUGCCAAUCGAUCUCGAUUUAAUCAAGACGAUUGUUAUUGAGGAUUUUAAUCAUUUCACCGAUCACAUCGGGCGCAUUGACGAAAAAGGUGACCCCAUGAGCGCCCAUUUAUUUAACCAAAAAGGAGAUCGGUGGAAAUUUCUAAGGCCAAAAUUAUCUGCCAUGUUCACCUCUGGAAAAUUAAAGGGAAUGUUCGACGGUAUGCUAAGUUACAGCAAACAAUUCGCGGACUUGGUGGGCAAAAAGGCCGAUGGGGACGAAGCCAUUGAUAUUGAGCAUAUAACUUUGCGGUGUACUGCCGAUAUUCUUGUCUCUAGUCUCUUUGGAAUUAAAAGCAGGAUACUUAUGGGCGGUGAGGUCGAGUUUGAAAUGUGUAUCAAAAAAUUGUUUGGUUCGAAUUUCAAGGAUGCGAUAUGCAAGUUGUUGCUUUUCACGUAUCCCGAAUUGUUUGUCGCGCUUAAAAUGAGAACCUUUGAUAAGCAACUGACCGAGUUCUUUAUGAAUUUUGUUAAACAACAUUUGGAGCAACGUUCAACAAGUAAGCUAAAGCGGAAAGAUUUUGUUCAACUGUUGCUCGAGUGUGGAUCAAACGAAGGGGAUGAACGUCCAUUGAGUUUGGAAGAAAUUGGUGCACAAUACCUCCUUUAUUUUCUAGGAGGUGUAGAAACAGUUGCUAUGACAGUAUAUUUCACCUUAUUUGAGUUGGCACUAAAUCAAGACAUCCAAGAAAAAGCUAGAAACGAAAUCAAGACCAUUCGGAACAAUUUCUGUUACGAGUCCACGCUUGGAUUAAGCUAUUUAUCCAACUGCAUCGCAGAAACGCUUAGAAAGUACGCACCGGCAUCUCUAGCUACCCGCGUCUGUACCAAGGAAUACACAAUUGCGAAUACUGACGUCACAAUCGAGAAGGGAACGUACGUUAUGAUACCAAUCCACGCAAUACACAUGGACCCAGAGUACUUUCCGAGCCCAUGCACUUACGAUCCGGAUAGGUUCUCGAAAGACAGCGAGAAUUAUCGAGAUUCCUUUGCAUUUAUGCCCGUAGGAUUUGGUCCUAGGAUGUGCAUAGGGCAAAGGUUUGGAAUGAUGGAGGCAAGCGUUAUACUGUCCGUUCUCCUUUCGCAGUUUAGAUUCUCCAUCCAUCCUAAGACGAAAUUGCCGCUACAAUAUGCGGCUUGGGCUAUUACCCCCGUUCCAUUGCCCUCGAUAAUGCUUACUGCAGAGAGAGUAGAUAAGCGAUGAUCAACCUCAACUGUUAGUACCCGUAGCAUUGUCACUAUUGUAGAUAAAUACGAUCUCAGGGAGAAGUUCAGAUGGAUAUCACAUGGUACCCCUGUUCUUCCAUUACAAUCCUGCUCAGACAACUGCUAACCGAAUAUGGAUUCUCAUAGCACUACGAAAUUACUAUAAAAAAGUUCACAUACGUUUCCAUAUUGCAUAGAGUAAAUACUCUAUGCACAUUGAUAUAGAUAAUUACUUUGAUUGUUCAUACCAUUUAAACGUCCUACACAUCUAGGAAAGUUUGUUUCGGACCAUUUUUCUUUUGUGGAAUUCGUCAUUUGCGUGUCCUGUACUAUUGCAAUAAGCAAGAAGAAGGGCACUUGUAAGUGGAAGUGCUUAUGAUAAGGCUGUGUUUUCGGAUUGGCGACUGGUGGUCCUGCAAUGAUACUGUGCCCAACGACAUUAUUUGAUCAUCGCGGCCAUCAUUAUCACAACACCCAACUGCUCUGACGAUGAAAGCAACCUUUCAUUCUUACUGGCAUAUUAUAAUAAACGUGCCGUGUGAGGGGAACUGAUUUCGAGAAUGAGUAAAUCAACAAACCGACAGUUCAUAUUUGCCUUUUUCCUUAAAUUGUGAAGAUCCCUGAGUGAAACUUUGUACAUUUCACAUGGACACAGUGAUGUAGAAAGUUUUUUUCAAAUUCCCAACAAUAAAAUGCUUUAAUUUUCCAUUUCUAAACAUCUAUCGAUGUGUCGAAUAUAGGCAUUUUUACUGAAAGCUCGAUAGGUAAAAUCUAACUUUGUUAAUUUUAAUGUUUUUUGUAUAAAUAACCAUUUUUAUUUUGUUAAUCAUUGUUUAGUCUUUUUGAUACGAUUAGUACAUGUUUCGUAAGAGAUAGUCACGUAAGUAAGUAAAAUUUCGUAAUGUUUUUAAAUUUAUUUGACGUAAUACACAAGGGUUCACUCGAAAUCAAUAACAAAUUAUUUCCUAUUAUAUAAAUUACUUUUUUUUAAAAAGGCUUUUGAGUCAUUGCAUCCUUCUCAAGAUCGAGCCUCAAAUCUGAAGUGACGUAUAACUUGAAAGAUCCUACUCUUACCCUUUACUCCCUAAGGUAUUCCAAAUUCCAUGUAGGCUACUAUAGUCAUUUGACUAUAAAACUAUUAUCGCAAAGGUGCAAGCCGAAUUUUAACAUUGAUGAUGAUUAUUAUUAUUUAUUUCCAUGCUUCAUUACAGGAAUUUCCCAAUUACAACGAAGCAGUUCACUUGCAAAUAUAUACAUUCACAAAACAGAUAUUUGUAUUUGUAUAUUUUAUAUUGCCAGUACCUACAUUCCGUAUGUAUGCAAUAUUUGUCAUAAAUUGUAACAGCAGAAAUUACAUAGAAA